AUGAAGCUCUACACCGUUCUUCUCGCGGCCCUUACUUUCUACACGACAGCUAUUCAUGCCAGCACGACAGCAUCAACUUCUACAAUUUCCUCUUCCAAGACAAUAAACAACACAGAAGGACCCAUCAGCGGCAAUGACAACAACAUCUUUGAGGACGACAACCCCUUUCAACCCUCUCUCGACGCCAUCUCUCUCGAAUGGAAGCAAAUCUGCGACAUGGGCUGCCAACCGGGCACAUGGCCCAGCGACAGCAGAUACAUAUCCGAAUACGUAGUUCCCGAACUAAUCUCGAUCCAAUACAAGCCCACGUGCAGCGCAAAAUUGGCGCAUCAGACAUACCUGCGCGAGAUAUUUGAGUGCAGCGGUCGGCGCGAUUUGUGUCUGGAUAUGGACAAGAACACGAUGAAAUGCCGCGACAAAGCGAUGCGCAAGGUUACCUCGGCGUUAAAGCAUUUGGGUGAGAAUGGGAUGGAUUGCGGGAAGGAUGGAGCGUGGCAGGAGGAAUUUUAUGAGUCGGUGUUGGAAUUUAUGCGGUAUUUCAGGUCGAGUGUUUGUCGUGGUGUUGCUGGGGGCGAGAUGAUGAGGGAUUGCAAGUUGAUGGGCAAUUGUGUGUCGCUGAUUCAGGACUCUUGA